CAUGGCAUCGCAUAAGAUUGGUAAACGACGUCUCGAGAUAAUUUGCAGAAACUUAAGGGCAGAAAUUCGUCAGACAUCGUUGCAAAAUCCGUUUUUAUCCGCCGAAUUGGAACGUGCGAUGAGAAGAGGAUCUACUUCAUUAGUUCAGAUAAGCAAAAUCGAAAGCCUGUUUUACUGCAACGCUUCAUCCGAAAAAACAAUGAAAAAAAUCCAAGAUCUCAACGCCACUGAAUCUUGCUCGGAUUCUUAUCGGAUUUUUAUCUUUUCCGAUUCAGCGUACAUUUUUUACAUGGAUGAAAUUUCGAAACAUCAAAGCUGCCGUGAAUUUUUCGCAUCGAAGGAUAGGGCGUGCUCAUCGAGGAAUCCAGCAAUUAGCUGAAAGCUAC